AGAUUCAUAACAAGCAAACCCAAACAGCCCAUAAAUCUAAUUUUCCUUCUAAUUGGUGAUUACUGCUAAUACUAAUUAUAAUCGCAAUUACUAGUGAAGCUUUUAUCAUUAAUUGGGCCUUUUGUUUUUGUUCUUCAGCUGUCAAAAUUAGUCUCUCUCAAGCAAUCCUACGCUACCCUUUCUUGAAAUCUAAACGACACAACACAAUCUCUCAAUUCCUUUGCCUUUUUCUUCUUUCAGAUAAUCUACCAAUACUUCCACAAGUUCAGCAACAAAUUCACCAGUGAAGAAUCAUUUGAGACAAGGUGAAACAGUAACUAUUAUGUCUGAACUGAUUGAAGGCCUUCCAGACGCCAUCUCUAUCAGGUGCAUUGCACGGGUUCCCUUCUACCUCCAUCCCAAGUUAGAGCUUGUCUCUCGUUCAUGGCGAGCUGCCAUACACAGCCCUGAGCUAUUUAGAGCCCGACUUGAGGUUGGUUCAGCGGAAAAUCUUCUAUGCGUGUGUGCUUUUGACCCUGAGAAUUUAUGGCAGUUUUAUGACCCUCUUCGAGACCUUUGGAUUACUCUUCCUGUUCUGCCCUCAAAAAUAAGGCACCUUGCGCACUUUGGUGUAGUCUCCACGGCUGGAAAACUCUUUGUGCUUGGUGGCGGUAGUGAUGCUGUAGACCCAUUGACCGGUGAUCAGGAUGGAAGCUUUGCAACCAAUGAAGUUUGGUCAUAUGACCCUGUAAUAAGACAGUGGGCACCACGCACUUCGAUGCUGGUGCCCCGGGCAAUGUUUGCAUGCUGCGUUUUGAAGGGAAAGAUAAUUGUUGCAGGUGGUUUCACAACUUGUCGAAAAUCAAUAUCACAAGCAGAAAUGUAUGAUCCCGAGAAAGAUGUCUGGAUCCCAAUACCUGAUCUCCACCGUACUCACAACUCGGCAUGUUCCGCUAUAGUUCUUGGUGAAAAAAUGCAUGUUAUGCACAAGGGCUUAUCUACAGUGCAAGUAUUGGACAAUGUAGCAGCUGGAUGGACAGUGGAGGAUUAUAAUUGGCUCCAAGGUCCAAUGGCAGUUGUUCAUGGAGCCUUGUAUGUGAUGAGCCAUGGACUAAUAUGCAAGUUGGAGGAGAAAGUGCGGAAGGUAGUGGUAUCAGCUUCCGAAUUCCGCAGAAGGAUUGGAUAUGCGAUGACGGGGUUGGGAGACGACAUAUAUAUAAUCGGAGGGGUGAUAGGCCCGGAUCGAUGGAAUUGGGAUAUCAAACCAAUGUCCGACGUUGACGUCUUGGCAGUUGGAGGUGAGAGACCAACUUGGCGACAAGCGGCUCCAAUGUCGAGGUGCCGGGGCACAAUUCUUGGGUGUACACAGCUGAGAAUAUAGCAUGUGUUGGUCUGAAUUUGUCAUGUUUGUUGAAUUGUUGUGAAAUUUAUGCUCUUGUGAAGCCAUUGAAUGAUAUCCCUCAGUUUUUAGAGGACGAGCAAUGUAACUUUUUCUCUGGCA